AUGUUUGCUCAAACAAGAAGGUCUACAAUUAGACAUUUUCAAGUUUAUAGAAGCUAUGCAACUCGAUCACAUUAUGAUUCUCCAUUUGAUCAUCUUCCUAAAUUUAGAAAUCGUUCAUGGAUAAAUUGGAAAACUACAGUGGCAUUUUUUUUAUUUGGAAGUUAUUUAUCAUAUAACGAAACCUUAUUUAAUUAUUAUGAAAAAUAUACUGAAAUAGAUGAAAAAGAUCCAAAAUUUAAGAUGUUACCUAUGCAAUUAGAAUAUCAAUUGAAAAAUUUACCUAUUUAUCAACAAUUAGCUCAUCCUAAAAAUUCCCAUCAAUGGUAUAAAUUACUGAGUUGGGAAAAUCUUGAUAGAAAUAUUUUGGACAACCAAACUAAAAUUAAAAACCAAGAGGAAUAUCGUGAACCUACUUUAACCAAUCAAACUUUAAGUAAACCGGGAGGAAUUUUAAUCAAACCUGUGAUAUUCCAUAAUAUUGAAACCGAUGAAGGUGUUGCUAUAAUUCAUGCUGGGUAUAGAUUAUGUGGAUAUCCAUUUAUUGUCCAUGGAGGUAUAAUUGCUACUUUGUUGAAUGAAACUUAUAAACGUAAUGCAUCAUUAUCCAAGUUUACAACUUCUAAUUUGAAAGAUGAUUUUAAAGUGGAAAAUUUGACUAUAAACUAUAGACGUCCUACUUUUGCUAAUCAAUUCUUAGUUGUUAAAACAAAGAUGAAGGAAAGUGAAAAGAAUGAUAAGAGAACCAUUGUGUUGGAAAGUGUUCUUGAAGACACCAAAGGUAGAGUUUUAGUUAAGAGUGAAGCAUUAUUGCAUGAUACUGGAAGAGCAACUGAUAGAAUAAAAGCUAGUGAAAGAGACAAGAAAUGGUGGAAAGUAUGGUAA